UCAGCGGCGCUUGUCGCUUUGUAUUCUUUGAAAGGUAGAUCUCGAAAGGUGCCUCAACGGACGGCGCGGCAUAUUUGAAAAUUUGGAAAACAGAAGAGAAAAGAAUAGCUAAAGGAGAGAGAAAUGUUACAUUAGUCUAAUAUAAAUUAGUAAAAAUUGAUCUUUAAAACAAAACAAUGCAGUUGAGAUAAUAUUAAGUGAUCAACACACACAACAAAACUUGAAACCAAAAGACUUCUGUCAUAAAAUUGAAAUUAUUUCAAAGCCGCCAAAAGAACGAAGAAAAGAUAGAAGCCAACAACAAAAAAUAAUUUUUUGGCGAAAGAAAGAAAAGAAAUUGUUUCGGUGCUUAAAGUUCUCCGUUCUCUCCUUGUGAAACGACAAGAGAAAGAAGAAGAAGAAGCAGACGAGGACACCUUUAAAGCAGACUAAACAGUUUGAAAAAAUGGCGCCCACAAAGAGUACCCGUGCAGUUUCCAAGCAAUCUGUGGCCACAACAACUUUAACAAAUCUUAUGCCUCUGGCUCGCAAAGGCUUAACGCGACGCAACGGCACUAAUGUUCAGGAUCAAAAUUCCGAUAUUAUGCAAACACGCGGCAAGCGCAAGGCAGAGCAUAGUCCUCAAAAGAACGAAAAAAUUAAACGGUCAGCCUUGGGAAACCUCACGAACAAUGUGAACAACAACAACAACCAAUUGACGAGUAUACAUCAAGAUGAUGAUGCCAAACACAAUAUUGUCAAGAAGAAGGAUUUGGUACAAAAUCUGUUUGCGGCUGGAGGGCAACAGGAGAAUGCAUUGCAAAUUAUUAAAGAGACUCAAAAUAUAUUGCUGCAGCAGGCCCAGGGAGCACUGCAAAAGCAGCAGCAACAACAACAGCCUGUUAAGAUCCUCACAAGAGCCUCCAGCCGAAACGCCAACAAAGAUGCACAUAAGGAAAAUUUGCCACAACAAACGAACAUAACCUCAAAAAUAUUCGAGGACGAGGAAAAGAAACUACUGACAUCGGUUAAAGCCGAGCAAAAUGAAGAAGUGCCAGCAGCACCGGUGGCAUCAAUGCAGCCACACCAGGUCCAAAAGAUUGCCAACAAGCCAGUACGGCGUAUUUCCAAUGAAUUUAAUAAGACUGAAGAAUCCUUGUAUAUGUCGGCAUUAGAAGACAUUUCCGUAUCAGAUUCUAUGCGUUUGUCGGGCAACUUUGAAGCGGCCAAACGACGUUCAAUUCUAUUGCAACAGCAACAACAAGAACAAAAUAAGACUGAACCUGCCGCAGUGGCCAAAGAGACUUCCGUUCAUCAAGUUCCCGAGGGUGUCGAGGACUUUGAUAAACUUAAUUGGAACGAUCCCUUCCAGGUUUCACACUAUGCCAUGGACAUUUUCAAUUAUCUCAAAGAGCGUGAAGCCCAAUUCCCUGUGGAUGAUUAUAUGGAACGGCAAAUACAUUUGUCCAAGUGGAUGCGUUCAUUGCUAGUCGAUUGGAUGGUUGAGGUACAAGAAACUUUUGAGCUCAAUCACGAAACCUUGUAUUUGGCCGUGAAAAUUGUUGAUCAAUUUUUGUGCAAGGAAGUGAUAAACAAGGAUAAGCUACAGUUGCUGGGAGCUGCCGCACUUUUCAUUGCUUGCAAAUUUGAUGAGCGUACCCCGCCAUUGAUCGAAGACUUUUUGUACAUAUGCGAUGGUGCCUACAAACACGACGAAUUGAUACAAAUGGAAAUGGUCACCCUUAAAGUAAUACAAUUCGAUUUGGGCAUUCCAUUGUCGUAUCGUUUUCUGCGUCGCUAUGCUCGUUGUGCCAAAGUACCAAUGCCCACCUUGACAUUGGCCCGUUACAUACUUGAGUUGUCGCUAAUGGACUACGAUUGUAUAACAUUUAGUGAUUCGAAAAUGGCAUGUGCCGCCCUCUUUAUGGCUCUGCGUUUGCAUGGCGAUGCCCAGCCAUGGACGUCAACUUUAAUCCAUUAUACCGGUUACAAGUUGACCGAUUUCGCUGAUAUUGUACCCAUCUUGAAUGCUGGCUUGCAUCGCAAACCGAAGGGCACAAUCAAAACUAUACGUAGUAAAUAUUCGCAUAAGAUAUUCCACGAAGUAGCUAAAGUUGCACUGAUGACCACAGAGAAAUUAUUUGAAAAUCAAUUAGAUUUUAAUUUAAGUUUAGCGCCUAACCAAAUUACAACAACAACGAAUGAACAACAACAGCAACAGAAAAGCACAAAAACAAAAUCACAGCAAAGUGUUGGUGUUGGUAAUAGCGGCGGCAGUGGUAGUGGCGGCGGUGGAGGUGUUGCCAAACGGGAAUAAGUUUUCGACAAAAGAGGAGUAUAAAUUUGUUUUCCCCCUUUAGCGUAUUAAGAAGUUUAGAGAUACACCAUAGAAGUAAAUGCGGAAGGCGCACAGCAAAGCAAAUUGCAGAAUCGACCGAUCAAAGGAUUAAAACUAGAACAAAUAAAGGUAGUUUAACUGUGCCCAUAUCGAGGUCUCUUCAGAAAAAAACAA